AAGUCCGGUUGUGCUUUCGGUAGCAAGUUCGUUCAGUUUCUUUUCCUGCAGAGAAGGAGGAGUCCUAGUGUUCCAAAGCUUGGGUUGUUGAAAAGGAGAGGCUGACCCAGCCCCAGUGAGUAUUCCGCGGCUCGCGUCGGGGUGCGUGUCUGGAAGACUGGGAGCGCUAGUCUGCAAGCUGAGGAGCUCGAAGGCUACACCAGUAUGGCAAAUAACCAUGCUGACUCUAUUGAAUCCAUGAGGAAGCUUAAUGAAUAUUGUCAGAGAAAUGGUUUACAAUUGAACUACAGAGACAUUGCUGCCUCAGGUCCUUCUCAUGACCCUGAAUUCACUAUCGCAGUCUUUGUGGGUACUCAAGAGUAUGCCCGAGCGACAGGUAAAUCCAAGAAGGAGGCAAAACAUGCUGCGGCACAUUCAGCUUGGGCAAUCAUACAGUGCAAUCUGUCUUUGGGGCAGCGGCCACCGCCUCCGCAGCUGCUACCACCCUCUCCACCACAGUUGCCUAAGUCAGCAAGUCUCUCAUCAGAACUGCCAUGUUCACCUGGUAACCAUAUUUCCUGGCUCAAUGAAUUUGCGCAAAAGAAUGGAGUAAAUGUUGUAUUUAUAUCGAGAGGCAAAACUGGAGAGGCACAUAAACCAAACUUUUUCCAAGAGUGUACAAUUAAUGGUAAAGUUUUUGGCUCGGGCUCAGGAAAUAGCAAGCAAACAGCAAAUAAGAAUGCAGCCAAACAAGCAUAUGAAAAUUUGAUGAGCAGGACAGGAGGAAGUGCUCUUAGUACCAGUUCUUCUGCAAGGAGUUCCUUUCUUGAUUCUGAAGACACAUCGAAUGGGGUCUCUGAAAAGUCUGCUGAAGAGGACAGCAGAUCCUCUUCUAGCAAGUCAGAUCUUUCUUCUAGCAAGUCAAAUAGCAUUGUUUUUCAAAGCUCUGGAGUAUUUUCAGAUAUAGAUUCACAUGGGGAGAAUGCAUGUAACAGACUGUCUGAUCAACUGGGUGCCGUUUGUCUAUCAGAUUCUCUGACAAAUUCCAGAGGCCACGCUAUGCAACCUAAAAGAAAAGAGAUGCUAUUAGCACCUGCAUUUUCAAAACCCCUACUAGAAAGGGGAAAAGUACACACGACCAAUCGCAGGUUUCUUGAGGACUUUGAAAUCAUACAGCGAAUUGGUAAAGGUGGAUAUGGGCAUGUUUUCAAGGCAAAGCAUCGUGUUGAUAAGACAUUAUAUGCUGUCAAACGAGUCAAAAUUGGAAAAAUUGAAUCAGAAAAAGAAGCAUCAAGAAAAGAAGUAGUCGUUUUGACAAAACUCAAGCAUGAUAACAUUGUUCAGUAUCACAGUUGCUGGAUUGGUGAAGAUGAUUAUGCAGCAAAGAAUAAUCAAAGUGCUAACAGGAUCUUCAGGCAGUACCUCUUCAUACAGAUGCAGUAUUGUGAGAAAGGAACGCUGGAAAAUUGGAUUGAGAAUGAAAGUGGGAAAGAAAGCAGUAGAAAUGAUGCCCUAAUAAAAUUUCAGCAAAUUCUGGAAGGAGUGAACUAUAUUCAUAUGAGCAACUUCAUUCAUAGAGAUCUCAAGCCCUCCAAUAUAUUCAUAUCCAGUGAUGAUAAAAUAAAAAUAGGUGAUUUUGGAUUGGUAACAUCAGGAGCAAAUGACCCUUUGACAGAGCGGACAGCAGGAAUAGGAACAGCGUCGUACAGGCCUCCUGAACAGGAGAAGAACAAUUAUGGAAAGGAAGUUGAUAUCUUUCCACUGGGACUAAUAUUACUUGAAAUGCUUUAUCCAUUUGAAACUAGACAUGAGAAGAUUGAGGAAUGGCAAAAUAUCAGGAAAGGCGAACUUCCAGAAAAGUUUAGUGAGAAGUUUCCAGAAGAGACAGCCCUAAUUAAGAUGAUGCUCUUGGAAGACCAACGUCGGAGGCCAAUGGCAGAUUGUAUCUUGCGUUUUUUAAAGAACUGGCCAUUGCACCCAUAUUCUUGUUAGCUAACAUCUGUCAAAACACAGCUGCAGCAUUUGGUCCAUGGAUGGUUUUCCUUUUGCUAUUGCUAACAUACAAAAUUUCAUUUUAAUCAGGUUGUGGUGGGCAGGAAGACAAAUGUCUUGGGUCCUUGAAGUCUGGAGGAUUUCCUGUAUGCUCUCAGUAGCCUCCGAGAUCUGCUAAGGGUGCUUAUGUGGAAAAUCAGGACAUCUGUGGCAUGGUGAGAGGCCCUCAGUAAUAUCUUCCAGGUUAUGGGACCCUUUCUGUUUGGACGCUUGUGUAAACAUUGUUGUAGAUCAGCAAGACCCUUUUGUUUAGACGUCCUUAUCACAGUAGACUGCGAAUACAUUCAUAUUUCUUAUUAAGCCAGCUAUGAAUAAGCCAUGAUGGGCAGGUUGGUUGCUGAGCAACUUACAGUAUACGGAACACCCGACAGAUGAUUAGACUUAACUAUGGUUUGUUCUCUCCUUCAGUCCUCCAGCCAGGAGUGUCCUUCAUGGCACAACUCUUGUCUCUCCCUCUCUGCACUAAGUGUUCGCCUUUCCAUUUGCCACUUUCCCCUUCCCCUAAGCUUCUGAAAGACACAAUUGGAGUUUUUCUUUCCAGGCCCCUAAAAAUUGUGCAACUGUGCAUGCAAUUUGCAGGUGUUUGUUUCUUGGUCUAGUUUUUCACAAGUAUGCUGUCAAUGGAAGUGGUGGAGUAUAUUGAAAUUGACAAGAGUACAUAUAGGAUAAUUUGUACAGAGUUGCAAACUGCCAGUUGAAAAGCACCAAAGGAAAAAAGGCAGCAAAAGUAGGUGUAGUUUUGUCUUGUCAAUUUUUGGAUCUGUUACCUAUUUUAGUUUUCAGUUCCCUUUGACCUUACAGAGACUGUGCUGGGUUUAGAUGACCCAAUAACCCCCUACAGCUGGCUUCCCAUGGUGGGUUUCAUGCCAUGCAAACCAAGUCUGUGCUGUAGGGAAACCUGAUGCUGUUGCCGCUGGAGUUUUCUGAAAGUUAGCUAUAAAUUGGCUUUCCCAUGAAGCCAUAAUUCAGUCUAGGGAAGCCGAACUGAGAGAAAGACCAAGGAAGCUCACAGAGACCUGGUUGGGACAACUGGCAACCUUCCCUGUAAAGUGUAGCAAAAUACACAAGAGGGGCUCUGCUAGGAGUCACAUGGGACACCAUUCCUGGCAACCAACCUUCAGCAUCUGAAGCCACCAGCAGGUAUGGGAGAGGGGCACUGCUGGCACUUUUGCAGAGCACCAUUCCUGGGGAUCUUGACAACCAACUUUCCUUCACAUUGGGGUACUUAGAACUGCUGGCAGCUGCACUGGCAUAGAAGGGGAGUGCUGCUUAUGAAGCAUGUGAGACUUGAUUCCUGGUGAGUGCUCUGCAAACACUGGGCAGACUUCCAGCUCUGCUUUGAUUCUAUUUAACUUGGGAGUCCUGCACUGAGCAGAGGUUGGACCCUCUGGUCCCUUCCAACUCUGAUUCUGUGACUUCCCAGGAACUCCUAUUCAGGGCCACUGCAAAGAUAAUGGGGUCAAGCAAGUUAAGCCCAGAGAAUUCAAUAGACUCCCACCCCCAAUGGAUUCCUUGUACAUCUAUGAAUCAGUCUUUUCUAAAUAUACCACUAGAGAAACUGGUAUCUAAGGCAGGACUUUUAAAAGUGAAUAAUCUGGAAUAUUGUCUUGUAUUGCUGAUACUUUUAUAUUAACUGGUCCAUGCAGAACUACAACAUGGUCUUGUAUGCCCACAGCAUUAAAAGUGUGUUACAAGUAUUAAAAAAUGUUUUGUAUCAGUUUUAAAUAAAAUCAUUUUACAAAAUGCUUUACAAGACCUGUCAGUUGUAGUCAGUAUUGCACAAUUCAGAACUGGAGGAGGAGCUCAGAUAGGACCAUAAUGUUUCACUUCGAACUAUAGAUUUCAAGUAGAUGCAUGUUUCUGGUAGCAUUCGAAUUACCUGUUUACCUGUGAGACUCUCUCAAGCAGCCCAAAUGAGCAGUUAAAACUCCCUGGAUCAGCACAAUGACAAAUGUGCAUACAUAAUACAUGAAUUAAUAUUGCACUCGUAGGAAUCAGGACAGAGAUUUAAGAAGAUAGUUGUGCUGUUAGGGUGAUUGCCCCUCAAACUUCCUUUGGUACGCAUACUGGACAGAACAUUUCACUGUUUUACAAGUAUUACAUAUGCAUAGCUAUACUAAUCAUCUGAAUUAUUUCACUGAUACAGCACUUUAUCUGUAUUAAAUUAUCACUAGAAGCAGGUUUUAGUAUUAAGAUCUAUUUUUACUGAAAUUGUAUGUCUCAUGUCUUGGAAAUUAAUGUUGCUAUUCUGUUCUAGUACAUGUAGCUUAUGUUACUGCUUUCAUCAAUUCUAAUAAAUUAUAUUCAGAAAUAAAA